AUGCCCACAAAGCCUCGCAAGUCCGUGCCAGCCAAACCUGCCUUCUUCCUCGAUCAGCAAGAAACCUACUCGGUCCACUUUUCGCUCUUUCAGCCCGAUCCUGCGCUCGAAGCCCAGGCACCCUUCCAGAGCCACAACCGCAUCGUACCGGACCGCAUCUUUGCGCAUCUGCCAGACUCGGCUUGGCAGGGCGACCACGGCCAGGCCGCCGCCUCCCAGCGCUCCUUCCUUCACCGCGACAGAUCCGCCAAAUCCUUCGGCUCCCCCAUCGAUAUCCGCUUUGGACCCAUUCGUAUCGAUUGGGCCGAGCGCAGUGCCGCCAUGACGAUGGAAGACAUGGCAGACCCAGAUCAGGGCCCCUCCGAUGUGGCCUCGGGGCCCUCGUCCUCGUCGGCUAAGACGGCGGCAAAACCGCACAGAAAGAAGAACAUCUUCCAUGCAAAACAACCACAGGUGUCGCUGCCCGUCGCAACCUUUGACAAGACCGACUCGUUCCAGGGCGAUUCUUCUUCCAGGGAAGCAGAUCACGCCCUCGCCUCGUGCACCGAACGCUUCGACGGCAUGACGAUCGGAGCUACCGAAGUCGCUUUCGGCAUCGUUCACCUCUUCCGUGACAAGCAGGAUGCCAUGGCCUCCUCUUCGUCCGCACGAAUAGCACCUGCCGGCAAGAGUGCCAUGCCGGGCAUCAGCGCAUCGGCAGCUGAACAGCUGCAGAAUCAGAUUCCGGAUCACGACCUGGGCACCGUCGUUGCCGUGCUGGCAGUUCCGUCGCACCUCACUGCAUCUCAUUUUCUGUCUUUCAUUGAGCCCGCCGUCGAGGCGAUCACGCAUCUGCGCAUGGUGCGUGACAUGCAUCCGAAUCGAUGCAUGGUGCUUAUCCGCUUCCGCGACGCAAAGGACGCCGAAGAUUUCCACAAGAUGUUCAACGGCCAGCCGUUCAACGCGAUGGACCCGCAGGAAAUCUGCCAGGUGGUCUACAUCACCUCGCUCACCGUGUCCAAGCACACCUCGCUGCCUUUUAGCUAUCCCACGCUGACCAACUCGGACCCCUGGCCUCUGCGGCCUCCCGCAAACGCUUCGAACCAGGCGGGGCACGAAUUGCCCACGUGCCCCGUGUGCUUGGAACGCAUGGACAGCUCGGUGACGGGCCUGAUGACCAUCUCGUGCCAGCACACGUUUCACUGCUCGUGCCUGUCGAAAUGGGGCGAGUCGCGCUGUCCAGUCUGCCGAUAUUCGCAGACAGGCCAGGCUUCGGCGCAACAUCGGCGCCGGGCGCCACGCACAUCCAUGGACCCCUCGACCCCUUCGCGAGGCGGGCGUGACGACGUGGAAUCGGACGACGAGAGCGAUGCGGACGAACCGAGCUGCUGCGCCGUGUGCGAGACGCAGCAGGACCUGUGGGUGUGUCUGGUGUGUGCGUCGGUGGGAUGCGGCCGGUACAAGCAGGGCCACGCGCACAGGCACUUUAGCGAGACGGGUCACCUGUACAGCCUCGAGCUCGAGACGCAGCGCGUGUGGGACUACGCCGGCGACGGCUACGUGCAUCGGCUGAUCCAGAACAAGGCGGAUGGCAAACUCGUCGAGUUGCCCUCGGCCACGUCGGCCACGGCGACGCCCGAGCGAAGUCGCACGCUGCCUGCGUCGGCGAGCUAUGCCUCCGCAAUGUCGACAAGCGGCACCAAAUAUUCGGGGCCUCCUGCGCACUUUGCGCGAGACGAUGGUCGUCGCUCGGACGCACAUGGAAACGAUGAGGCAGUGCACGAUGACGACGAGGUGCAGCGAGCGACGGACGCGCCGCGUGCGGGAUCGAGUCGAUCGGCGGACGACAAGCUCGAGGCGAUCGGGAUGGAGUAUUCGUACCUGCUCACGAGCCAGCUCGAGUCGCAACGCCACUUUUACGAAGACAAGCUGGACCAGUUCCAGGCACAACUCACCGCCAUGACGGGCGAGCUUGCUUCGCUUUCGACAAAAUCGCAGCGUAUCGACGAGCUCGAGCAGCGCACGGCGGAGCUCGAGCGUACCAACGACGCGCUGCGCAGGGAAAAGGACAAGAGCGAGCGCAAGGGGGACAAGGCAGUGGAGCUGGCGCGUACGCUGGAGCGGGAUCUGCACUCAGAGCGCUCGAUCAGCAAGGGUCUCAUGGAGCGGCUCGAGCGCACCAAGGAGAGCGAGGCGGCGCUGCAGGUGCAGGUGACGGAUCUCCAAGAGCAGGUGGGCGAUCUCAUGUUUUUCGUCCAGGCGCGCGAAAAGAUCGACCAGGAGGGCGGCGAGGCGCAGGGUGGAGAUGUCGAGAUGCGCCCCAAGCCCACACGCAAGGGCAAGGGCAGACGGUAG